UCUAACUAUACAAUUGCAGAGGAGUUAUUGUCAAGAGGAGCAAGUGUUGACCUUUUAUGGGAACAUAGAAGUCCACUAUGUAUGGCUGCCCAAUGGGGAGAUACAAGAAUGAUGAAAUUAUUGUUGCAUCAUAAGGCACAUCCUAACAAUUUGUUACAACAUACACCACUGAAAGCAGCAAUCUUCGCUCGUUCAUUGAUAGGCGUGGAAUUACUUAUCAAGGCUCAUGCUGGCGUUAAUUUUGGUCGGCCUCAAACUCCGCUGACAGCAGCUGCAGCCACUGGCUUAACUGACUUCGUCAAGUGUUUGUUGGGAGCUGGUGCCGAUGCAAACAUACCUGAUGCUAGUGGUAGGAUUGCGAUAGAAAUUGCUGCAAUCCAAGGAUGGUGGGAAUGUGUUGAGGUUCUUUUCCCUGUAACGACCCCUUUGGCUAGAGUUGCAGACUGGAGCAUCGAUGGAAUAAUUCAACAUGCAAAACUUUUGAGUUCUGGGCCACAAGAUCAUGUGCUCUAUGAAGGUGAUGAUGAUUAUGAAGCAGAAGGGGAUGCCACAUUCGAUAGAAGGGAUUAUUCUCAUGCAUUGACCCUAUAUACUAUGGCAAUGGAAAUUGACCCUGAGAAUUCAAGCUUGUAUGCAAAGAGGAGCCUUUGCUUUCUGAAUACAGGACACGAAGUAAAGGCUUUGGAGGAUGCUACUACCUACAAAGAUAUGCAGCCGGAUUUGUCAAAAUCCUGCUAUGUGCACAGAGCAGCUCUACUUCUGGUGGAGGAGUGUGGCAAGGCCUCUGAAGCAGUCUUGUCCAGUUUGAACUUGGAUAUUUGAAGCGAAAGCAUUCGGGGAAGGGCCAUCCGUGAAGAAAGAUUGUUAGUGUAAAGACCAGAAGAGAUUAAGAGAAGAAAGUCGUUACUGCACAGGAGCACAGGCAAGAAGUGUUGUUGAUAUCUGUUACUCGUGGUCGUAUAGCACACAUGCAAGAACAGGAUGUUAGUUGUUACUACUUACUACGAUACUAACGGAAGUCUCUCCGUCGGAAAACCUGCGGAGCUCUGUACGUGCAUUGUGUACGUGCUCUGCGUAUACUAAUUACUAAAGCUGUGAAACUGGUCCGAUGCUGGACCCGCCACUUAUAUAGGAUCAAACUGUGCAGUAGAGCUUAAUCCAGAUGAUAGUGUGGGUUGUGCUAACAUUGGUAACACCAAAUAAGUUCGGUGUAUUCCUAGGUCACAAAGCCGUUCUUCUGGAGGGACCUUAGCUUGAAUGUUGUUGUUAGUUACGUAACGUGGUCGAUACCUUUAU